UGAUCACUCGCCCCAGCGUAAAUAACAACAACAUUGAUCACUCGCCCCAGCGGAAAUAACAACAACAUUGAUCACUCGCCACGGCGGCCUGCGGUGCGCAAUCUCGUGAAAGUUGAACCGAGUCCCAAUCGUUUGCAGGAGAAUGUUGCCGCAGUGUUGUGUUGUUGUCAAUUCCCCCGCACCGCCGACGAUCACCGUUGGUUACGUACGGCGCGAAAGAAGUUCAGCGUGUACUGUAACAACACGUUGAGGGUUGUUUGGCCAGCUGCGGUUUUAAACAGGGGCUCAGGGAUUCUUAUCGUCGCUCACCAGUGGGCCCUUUGUGACUAGUUGCGAGGGGGGGUUCGUCGUGAUUGUGUGACCGCGUGAUGCGUUCACGCGCCGCGACCCGGAGCCGCCCUCGCAAGCCCCGCGAGAGAUUCACAAAUUCUCCCCCAGCCCACCCACCUCGCUCCCUCGCGUAAACCCCGUAACUCACGGGGGACCGACAUCUCUUUCGAGGGGGUUUCAUGUAAUUAUCGGACAGCGAUCGGGCUGCCUCUGCACGGGAAUCGAGCGAGCGGCCGCGGGGGGCCCGUGCGUGGGAGGCCGUCUCUGAGCCCGCGGUGCUCCCGGGACCCACCGGGGGGGGGGCGCGUGUGGGGUGGGUGAGGGGCACUGAGACUCGGGGGUGCCAGGCACGAGCCGUGGGGCCCGGGAUCGUCGGCCGGCUCCGCGGCGGGGGCCCGGGUUGGUUUGUCGCCGUGAGGCCCGGCAGGAUGCGGAAGCUGCGCGCCGCGCUCGUUGACCUGAGCGGAACGCUCCACGUCGGGGACGCGGCCGUGCCCGGCGCGCAGGAGUCUCUGCUCCGGCUGCGCAAGCUGCCCUUGAGCAUCCGGUUCGUGACCAACACCACGAAGGAGUGCCGGCGCGACCUGCACGCACGCCUCACGCGCCUCGGCUUCGCCCUGGAGCCUGAUGAGAUCUUCACGUCGCUGUCAGCAGCGCGGAGCUUGCUGGAGGUGCGGGGCCUGAGGCCUCUGCUCAUGCUGGAGGACUCGGCCCUGGAAGAUUUCCAGGGUGUGAACAUGGCUGAGCCCAACGCGGUCCUGGUGGGGCUCGCGCCGGAGAGGUUCCACUAUGAGGCCAUGAACGAGGCCUUCAGGCUGGUGCUGAAGGGUGCGCAACUCGUGGCUGUGCACAAGGCGAGGUACUACCGGCGCGCUGACGGGCUAGCGUUGGGGCCUGGCCCCUUCGUGGCGGCGCUGGAGUACGCAGCGGGCGUGCAGGCCCUCGCCGUGGGGAAACCGGAGGGGCCCUUCUUCCUGGAGGCCCUGCGGGGCCUGGACUGCGAGCCACACCAGGCCGUCAUGAUCGGAGAUGAUGCCCGGGAUGAUGUGGCGGGAGCACAGCGCGCCGGCAUGAGGGGCAUCCUGGUGAAAACCGGCAAAUACCGCGACGGGGACGAGAGCCGUGUGGAUCCGGGGCCCAACCUCACCUGCUCCAGCUUCACUGAUGCCGUGCAGGCGCUGGAGGCUGAGUUCCGUUUAUGAGUAGGAGGGGAUGAGGGAGGGCGUGGGGGGUGUCGAUUUGGGAGGAGGGCAAGGAGGCACAGGGCAGGAAGGUGCUCGACCACCAGAAAACAGGUGGACGUCCACCCUCGCCCUUAAGUCGCACAGCUCCAUGCGUUGACCAGAGUGGUGAGUUUGGCCCAGGGAAGGUGAUGCCCUCCUCCCCCGGGACACUGCCCCCCAUGAAGAAGACGCAGCCAAGAGGUGACCCUUGUCUCACCCAGCCAGCCAUGGCCAUUUUCAUUCCCAGCGGAGGUGAUCACGGGGUGACCGUAACAAUCACUAGUGGACAAUGGCCUCCCAACUCUAUGGAAAUCAUGGGGGUGGUCAUUUGACCAUACUUCACCAUGCUGGUCACUGCAGGUUGGUGCAGGAGGGGGAGGGGCAAGAGUACUGGUUCAGAUAUAACUAAUCGCUGGGGUAGUCGUGGCCAGGGACUGAAUUGGGAUGCAGCGCGGUGUAACAGCUGCUAGCGCGCACACCCUGUGCAGCACAAAAACAACUGCCAUUUGCCAACAAGUGGCGGUAAUGUCACCACAGCGCUUGUGCCAGGCUAUGUGCACUUUAAGGCCACGUGAAGUGCAGCACAGAGGCUUUCGCUCAACUGUGGAUGGCUGGUAGGCUGUGAACUCUUGUUGUAAGUGUGAAUUUAUAAUUUUUAACUCAUCGAGUCUCACGACUCUUUUUCAGAGAGGGUCUUGCCGAGUUUUCACAAUCAGAAUAAGAAUAUUUAUUGAUACUGGAGGAAUCCGAUGAGCUUUAAAGCUCUUUUUCACAGAUGUCCUUUCGGAGCAGGUCUGAACUGUUAAUUACAAUUGAGUACAUUCGAUGGGUACAUUUUUUAAAGUUUGGCAAAAUAUAGAACGACACAAUAAUGACCCUACUCUUGCGAUUAACGUUACGGGAUCUUUAACAUCUACUGCGAGUGAAGCAGAUGGCAGUAUGUGUAUGGUUAAUACACACCUGCAGUAUUAACCAUAGUGGGCCACUGGAUUCUAACCACCAGCUGGAAGUGUCACCGCCUUUCUCGUUGUCACGUGUUCCCUCCCUUCAAUAAACUGGUGCCCUGCCAGGGCCAUAGCUGUGAA